AUGGCACCAUCCUCCCUGCUCUCGGGUAUCACUCUUCAGCCUACCUCCGCGCCACCGAACCCUAGCCCAUCAUUGUCGCAGGUCAUGCUACCGGGAGACACUCCUGGACCACCACCGCCUGAUUACUACAAAAGAGCGGUGUACCGCGCUGCUCCAGCCCACUUCAGUGUCGAAGUACUGCCACCCCAGAAAUUAGGCGGAGCCUACAGCUAUGGUCUUCGCAUAUCACCCAUAUACCGAGAAAACACCUCCACACGAUCCCGCACCUCCAUCGCCACAACCUCGGAAUACACCGUCUGGCGCCGCUGGGAAGACUGUCUCUGGUUCCAGGACAUGCUCGAGUUGCAAUACGAGAUUCGCUCACGCGAAAAGCGACAAAGACUGUCCGCAGGGAAGGGUGUCAAGAAGAACGGGAUGUACAUCCACGACCGUGCGGCCUCUUUCGAAUCUUUGCCGCCCGGGCCCGACCCAAAAUCAGUAGCGAAGAACGUGCACGAUUACCUGCCGAAGUUGUCGAAGAAGGGGACGCUGUUCAGGCCUAGUCAGAGUACUAUUGACCAACGCCACAAAGAGUUCUCGGCUCUCAUCCAUGCUUUCUUCCAGGACGAUGUGCCUGCUUUGAUACGAGAGCUGAGGGAUGAUCGUGUUCUGAGGGAUUUUUUCGGGUAUUGGAGGAGGGACAACGACUUGUUGACGAAGAAAUCGAGUGGUUCGAGAGCGUCGAUCGGAGGAAGCAAUGCAUUCUCGUUAUACUUCUCUCCGUCAAAUGUCUCGCUUUCCCUUCCGGACACUCUUCCCGACAUCGCCUCGACACAUUCAUCAUCCGGUUCUUCGCACUCUUCAGGAAUCCAUCCGUCGCCACUGGCCACACGGUCACCGAGGAGAAACUCUGCGGGUUCAGCGUCGAGCAUGUCGCUUUCGGACUCGGACGGAGGUUCAAGACGUCGGGUCAGGAACCCCAACUCAGCGCACUCACGUAUCGAGCAGACGAAUGGCGAUGUUGGGCCACUUUCCGAUGACGAGAUUCAGGUCGUUCCCCGCAAGAGCACUACCUCAUCCGGCUCGACUCUAGCGCCGAACAGCACUGCUAGUCUUCCGAGGUCCGCGAGACCUUCACAUCAUACAAGUACACGCUCAUCGAAGACCUUCAAUCAUUCUUCGAGGAACAACCACAGCGCGUACAAUAUGGAAGAAGACUUUCCUCUGUUUCUCUCGAGUUCUACGCGCGAACCAAACAAGUCUCAGCAAACCCCGAGGUCACCUCCCCAGCCGCAGUCUCAUCUUCGCGGAGGUCUCGAGUCUCUUCCCGAGGAUUCUGAAUUGGAAUCAUCGCCUUUAUCACAACCUGCAGCAGGAGCAGAUGCUCCUUCUUCACCACCGCAUAGCCCUCGUCCUCGCGCCCACUCUUCCGCUUCUGUCGUUGGUCACCGUAAAGGCAUCGUUUUCCAAGACACGAACCCCAAUGGAGACAGCGAACCUCCAAACCAAGAUCACGAUCCUUCCACGGCUCCAGAACUAGGCCAUCACCGUCGGAAGUCAUCUGCGGCCACAGCUGAUCCAAAUUCAUCCCGUCCCUCCUCCAUCGCUCUCUCGAAUCUCUCCAUGCAAGACGGUCAAUCAUCUUAUUCGUACAUGACCUCGCCUGGUCUCAGCCCCCGUUCAUCUCGCCCACUUUCCGCCGGCUCAUUCGCCGAAUCCUGCGAUAUGGAUAUUCCGUACAUGGAGCUCCCACUCGCUCAACCACCGACGCCGUUCAGCGCGGGCCAGCAACAAGUCCCUCUUUCGGCCGUCAAUUCGAGAUUCAACAGGAGUAGUGUCGAUUCUGAUAUCCUCGAUAGUAUGAGCCUCAGUCGGGAUCGACGGUCAAUCUCUCCUCAGCCUUUCCAUCGGCCUUCGCAUAGCACGCCCGGUGCUGGUGCGAAUCUUCGCCGUCCGUUGUCUGGUGGGUCUACGAAACGGAGGCCGAGGAGUCAUAGCCAGCCUAUGCCCAUGAGUAUGACUAUGAGCUUUGCUGUGCCGGAGGAGGAAACGUAUGCGGGAGACGAGGAUUUGAUGGAUACAUACUUUCAACCUUCUUCGGGCGCGGAGUCUGAGGAUUCACAUCUCGUGGCUUCGGCGUCGACGCCCCACGCAGAUACGCAUCUUCGGGAGGGCCAGGAACGAGCUCAACAACCCCGGCGUGAAUCUAUUUCCGGUGCAGACGACCCACGGCUAGUCUCACAAGACGUUCCGGAGGAUGAGUUCGGCGGUGACGGUUUGGACGAGUUCGAGUUUGACGAUGGCAUGGGGCUCGAACUAGGUGCAGGUGACAUCGACCAGUUCCCCAGUCCUCCCGACAGGUCCUCUGCCGCCUUCAGGUUCUCCACGCUCUCGCUUGCUCCAUCACUUGCCCCUAUGCCACAUUCCCCCGGUGCUCAAACAUUAUUUGCCCCUGACAACGGGAACGGUGGACUCGAUCCGGCCUCUCCAACGUUUACCAACCUAUCUCAAUGGCCUGAAGACGGUGGCCUCUUGAUCGUCAAAGCGGCCCUCGACGAUGCGAUCGUCUCAUUCCGUACCUCGCGCUCCACACCGUUCACAGAAAUCCAUCAACGUCUCUACGAAAAGUUCGCGAAGCAGGAAGGGUUGCCGCUCCCAGAGACAUUCAAGGUGGCGUUCUUACCUCCUGUCGUUCCUGGCGCUCCUUCGGCGCUCGGCGAUGCGGACAAUAAUGCGAAGGGGAGGAAGAGGAGGGGGAGCACGAUGUCGACUGUGAGCAGUGUGGCGUCGGCGGAUAAUUCGAGGUUGGUGCCGCUUGAGACGCAGGAAGAGUGGGAGAGCGCGGUGGCGGUGUGUGGGCAGAAGGUUGUGUUGAGGGUGCUUUAG